AUGGGCAAACUCACAUCCACCAUUGGAAUUCCCAUAAAACUGCUCAACGAGGCACAGGGCCACGUUGUAACCCUAGAGCUCACGUCUGGUCAGGUAUAUCGCGGUAAACUACUCGAAGCCGAAGACAAUAUGAAUGUCCAGCUCAAGGACAUCACCGCCACAGCCAGAGAUGGUCGUGUCUCACAUCUCGACCAAGUCUACAUCAGAGGGAGCCACGUGCGAUUCAUUAUUGUGCCCGAUAUGCUGCGCAAUGCGCCCAUGUUCAGAUCGAGGGGUACGAGAGGUCGCGGUGUUGGAUUGGCGCGAGGCAGAGCGACAGUGAACAGAGCCAGGGCAGGCCGGAGGACCGAAGUAUGCUCCUAUUUUGAUUUCGAUAUCAUCAAAGUCAUCAAAAACAAACCAGAACUUGAUUACCAUACCGAUACCGCGAAAGGCAUGGCCUCGGUCAACCCAGAAGCGAAACCAUCCGCUCUACGGCUGCUGAUCCUCGCCCCAACAACAAGUCCUCAAUCGAAACCUGCAUUUCCAUCACUACUCGAGGCAUUAACAGGCUCUGCUCCGUCUACGGAUGUCACAUCGUUCGCUGGCUACACAUCUCACUCGCCACUGCAACUUCGCACGAAAUAUUACCAGUCAGAUGUGAGUAUCUGGUGCGAUGAACUACCGUUGCCAAGAUUGGCCACUGGGGAUGACUCUGUCUUGGAAAGUGGAUCCAAUGAACCACUGGAAAGCGCCAAUGCCGAUGCCUUAGAUGGUGACGCGCCUGCACAAGUCGCGACGUCGACGCUUGAGGAGUGGAAGGAGCAAAUGCUCUCGUCUGCCGCCGGAGAAGUGAGGAGGGUCAUUGGCGGACUUGUGUUGGUUUUACCUGUCUCUACGAUCGCAACGCCCGAGGUACCGGACCACUUCACGGCGUUGAUCGAGACUGUCCAUGCUUUACGUGAGGCGGUUGAGGAUGAUAGUUAUGGACGAGAUAUUGCUUCCGUUCUGGUUCUACAAGGAAGCUCUCCCAGUUUGAAAUUGGCUCAAUUGGAUACUUUGAUGGAGAAACUUGAGGAUGUCUGUCUGUCUGAUAAAGGCAUACUGGGCUGGGACUUUGUGGCUUGGGAUGGUCAAUCGGUCGACGGAGGUGAGGAUAACGCCACGCGGGAGAGGAACGAGUAUGGUGAGCAGACAGGGAUCAAGCGGGUACUGGAAGUCGUUCAGGGAAUCGACUGGUCAGUAUCCCCCGAUGCUGACGGGGAUGAUGACGAUGGAGACAUCGGGCUUGGUUUGGGAGACGAUGAAGAUAUGGAAUUCAUCAACUCGCGCUCUACGAACAUCCUCGGUUCUAGUGAUUUCUCCGGCCUAGAUCACGAGCUACAGCGAGAAAUGAUGGAAUUAAAAUUCUCUAUGUUGAGCAACGAGGACGAUGACAGUGAAACCAUCGACACAAGACCUCGGCCAACGAUUAGAGACCCAGACGAUGAGGACUUUCAGAUCGAUCAGCUGCCGGCUUUGAUGGAGCAAGUCGUAGCGAUACGCGAGGCAGGUUUGGAGUUGGGCCCAGCGGAGAGGGAGAGGUUCGCGAAGAGGGAGAUUGAGAGGAUCAUGCGAGAAAUGGGUUGA